AUGGCGGCCUCCAGCGACUUCGCAACGGCCAUGACCACUCGGUCGCUCCGCAUGGUCCGAACGAACAUUCAGGAACUCGAGUUCCUUGCCGAUGCCUCUGUGAUUACGCCGCGGCAGCUGUCCUCCAUGCUAUCGCAACUCCCCGCCGAGUCCGAUGCCCGCGCUCCGACCCGGGAAUUGCAGCCUUCACCUCAGCCCCAACUGGCUCAACCCCAGCCCGUUCAACCACCGCCGGUGGUCCAAACGCCACCCAUGGCCAAUGCCUCAUUUAAUGAGAAGGCCGCGCUGCACAACCAAUACGCGAGUCCCCCGCCUCAGCCCCCGCCGGCCUACCCCCAGGUCCCGCCGAUUAUGGGUCUGGCCACGGCUCUGUACGCAUACACACCGACGGAUGCCGGUGAUCUGGCCCUGCAGCCGCAUGACCGCAUCCAGGUUAUUGAGCAUAUGAACGAUGACUGGUGGCGCGGUCGCAAUGAGCGGACGGGCCAGGAGGGUAUCUUCCCCCGGAGCUACGUCAACACCGUUAACGAGAAGGGGGCUGUCACAUCGCCACCUCCGCCCACGAACUACGGGAACGUGCCCCUGGAGGUUAGCCAGGGUGGUCAGCCGUCCAACCCCAAUGACCCGAAGUCGAACAAGCUUGAACAAGGCGGCAAGAAGUUCGGAAAGAAGCUGGGCAAUGCCGCAAUCUUCGGUGCCGGUGCCACUGUCGGUUCCAACAUUGUCAAUAGCAUCUUCUAA